GAGAAAAAAAAGGUCUACCUUUCAAGCGCAAAUGACUCCAUCCAACACAAAACUCAGAUCAAAGCGGUGCUCUCGAAGAAAUGGAGGAAGACGACGGCGACGUACGGCACCAAAAGCCCUCGCCGGAGGAAAACACCGUCCGCGUAGCGAAGGAGAUGCCUUUUACCUUCGGAAAGUUCACCGUUCGAGAGAGUUGGGACUUUUUCUUCGCCAGUAGAAGCGGCGAUGAUUUCUGCGAGUGGUACUCCGAUUGGCCGCGAAUACGGACGCUACUCACAGCGCAUCUCUUAUUCCCGUCGUGGAAAGUGCCCCCUCCGCCGGAGAAUGUGCGGAUUUUGGUGCCGGCGUGUGGGGACUCAAGGCUGUCGGAGCAUCUCUACGAUGAUGGAUUUACGGAUAUCACGAAUGUCGAUUUCUCGAAGGUGCUUAUUUCGGCCAUGUUAAAGAGGAACAUCAGAGAACGGCCGCUCAUGAAGUGGCGCGUUAUGGACAUAACCAAUAUGACGUUUCCAAGUGGGACCUUUGAUGCCAUCGUUGACAAGGGAGGAUUGGAUGUUCUGGUGGAACCUGAGUCUUCCCCCAGAUUAGGAACACUAUACCUAUCUGAGGUUAAAAGACUGUUAAAAGCUGGAGGCAAAUAUAUUUUUUUCACCUUGCCAGAAUCUGUUGUAUUAGGUCUACUUUUUUCAAAGUUUCGGUUUGGGUGGAAAAUCAAUCUUUACGGCAUCGCUCAGACCAAACUGCAGACCAUUAUGGUGGUUGCUGAGAAAGAUACUUCAACUAGUGUCUCCAAUAUAUUAUCAUCCAUGGAUGAAUAUUCUUCUGUACAAUGCCAGGCACUUGUUAGAGCAGUUGAAAGAGAAAAUUUGGUUCGUACAGAAUACUCCAAUGGCAUUGAUGUAUGGCACUCACUUGAAGACCUGAAGCUAGGUGUGAGAGGAGAUAUUAAAGUGCUUGAAACUGACCGUAUUGUAAGGAUUGUUUUUGGUGAACCUGGAGAAUCCCGUUUCUUCUAUACCGCUGUACUUAUUGACACUAAUCAAGAAUCUGGAACUUUCACCGAUGGCUUAUGUAUAUAUUUUUUUGAGAAAACGCGAGCUUCUGAGCGAGUCCUCUCAUCGGAAUGGCAGCUACGGACGACUGCUAACAACGCAAAGGCUGCUCGAAUGUUGAUUGUUAUACUGGAUUCAAGCCAUGCUCAUGUUUGCUUGCAUGAUGCCAUGGAAGAUAUCUAUGGUUUUAUCAGUGAACUGUCCCCAGGAGGAUAUGGUGAUCAAGUUAGUGUUUCAAUUACGCCUGCAGGUGAUGGAAUGAAGGAGACGAAAAUUGUGCACCAGGUUACAUCUGCCAUGACUGGUCCAAUAGUUGUAGACGACGUGAUUUACACCCCCGGAGCGGAGGAAGUUGCUUUUAAUCUUCAAUGCUUACCUAAGGAGUUCAAUUUACGCCGCCUUUCUUUUAAAAGAACUGAUAGUUUGGUGCAUUCUGUAGCUCUUUUAUCCACACAAGGACCAAAUGAGAUUUCAAGUGAAGUUGACACAAAGAAUACGCGGAAAACCUCCAAAGCAAAAUCGAGAAAGUUUGACUCUCGCUCAUCUGAUUCUCAUCGUGAAGCAUCAAGUGGUGAAACUAAAGUCGAUCACAAAGUUUUGGCAAGUUUCUUCCACACUCACUCUAUUGCUGGACUAGUGUUGUUUUCUCUUUAUUCACAACUACAUUGCCAAACUGGUGGAUUGGUCAAAAUAGUGGUCAUUGGUCUUGGAGCAGGAUUACUUCCUAUGUUUAUGAGGAACUGCCUACCUUCUCUACAUAUUGAGGUCGUUGAGAUUGAUCCCGUGGUUCUGAAUAUUGCUAGAGAUUAUUUUGGUUUUAGAGAAGACGAACACUUGAAGGUACAUAUUGCCGAUGCAAUGAAGUUUGUCUCCAACAAAGCAACUUCUAAGGCAGAAGGAAAAGACUCGUUAAAAAUUGACGUACUUAUAAUUGACGUGGACUCAUCAGACACGAGUUCCGGUUUAGUCUGUCCAGACGCAGAUUUUGUUGAGGAGACCUUUUUCUUGACUGUAAAAGAGUCGCUUUCUGAGAAUGGUAUAUUCAUCUUUAAUUUGGUCUCAAGGUUCCCGGGUGUUCGGGGUGCAAUACAUUCAAGAUUGAAAAAGGUAUUUAGAAACCUCUACCACUACUGGAGCGAAAUAGAUUUCAAUGAAGUGAUUUAUGCCCUCAAGAGUGACGCUCCAGUUGACAAGGAUCAGCUUUCGGAAGCUUGUGAUUCACUUGCAAUAUCUUUACAGUAUAAAAAUCAGCACAGGUUUCGUGAAAUCAUAAGGGACUCGAAAUUGAUCGAGCCACUAAUAUGAUCAAGAAGCCAAGUUUUAUUGCUGAAAAAUUUCGUCACGUUUUCGGGUUUAAAUAAUGCAAAUACAGCUCUGAGAAUCUUGAAUUGACAAAUUUACUGACCAGUUUAAGUGAUCUAUCGGUUGGCAUAUAUGCUUUCGAUCGUUAGAUUUGUGAAAGUAGUACAUAUUGUUGUUAGCCUUGUAUAUUUGAGCAGCUUGUAUAUGAUUGUUUCAGGUUCACAAUAGAUUUGCAUUUUUAUGCAUUUGUUGUCAAAGUGUUACAAUUGAAGAUUCAAUUCAUCAACUUGUUUGGAGU